GGGUUUUUUUGGAGGCGAAGGGCGCGUUUUUUCGUGGGGUUGUUUUGGUUUUUUGGUUUUGUUUUUUUUUUCGCAGCUUCUUCACGUUUGUGUCCCCAGGUUCGCGUUUCCCCCGGGCGGGCGGAGCCGCCCCCGGCACUGAGAAGAAGGCGCCUCAGCGGACCUCAGGCCGCUGCCCGGUGCCUUGAGCUCGGCUCGCUGCCAAGCCCAGGGAAAAGCCGCCCGCCCAGGAUGGGGAACUUGUAAGAACGGCGGGAAGGUGGUGAAGAGCCUUCUUGUGGCUUGGGGAGCGAAGUGUCGUUGUGUGGCGUGGGGACAGCCCUGAGGUUACGCUUGAUGCCACUGCAAACCGCGCUGGAUGUGUUGGACAUGAUGCCUGGUUGAAAUGUGUGGAUGUGGGCGGGAGGAGUGACCAUGCUCAGAGAUUCCUUGGACCAUACGUGCUGUUGAGAAGCUGGGUGAAUGCUCUCAUUAGCUUCCUUAACUGCGGUCCUGAAUUGAAAGGGUUUCGUUUUUGCACUGAAUGUAGCCAGGACAGAUCCUCGUGGGCUUUGGCAGCCCUUGGAAACUGUCAAAGGCAGUAUUUUGCAUUUCUGCAGAGCUUUGCACAGAUUCUGUUCCCAUGCAAACUGAUGAGGGAGAAAUACUGGAGGAAGGCAGUCCCAAGGUCAGUGAGAUGGAACAUGAGGAUUUUGUAAUGGAGGGGCAUGGCAAGACUCCACCUCCUGGUGAAGAAAACAAACAAGAGAAGGAGCAAGAAAGGGAAGAACAGUUAAUGGAAGACAAGAAAAGGAAGAAGGAGGAUAAGAAAAAGAAGGAAUCUGCUCAGAAGGUCACAGAUCAAAAAACCAAAGUGCCCGAAGUGACGAAACCAAGUUUAAGCCAACCAGUGGCUGCCAGCCCAAUUGGCAACUCUCCAUCGCCACCAGUCAAUGGUGGCAACAAUGCCAAAAGGGUGGCAGUGCCGAACGGACAACCGCCAAGCGCCGCCCGCUACAUGCCUCGGGAGGUGCCGCCGCGAUUCCGUUGCCAGCAGGACCACAAAGUGUUACUGAAACGUGGGCAGCCCCCUCCGCCAUCCUGUAUGCUCCUUGGGGGUGGAGCAGGGCCUCCUUCCCCAGCAGCACCAGGAGCAAACCCAAACAACGCACAACCAGUGACAGGAGCACUGCUGCAGAGCGACAGUGGGACUGCAACAGAUUCAGCAAUUGGAGGUGCUGCUGCUUCAAAUUAUGCAAAUUCCACUUGGGGUCCUGGAGCCUCCUCCAACAGCGGCACCAACGCCAACCCAACUCACAUCUGGGACAAGGUGAUUGUAGACGGGUCUGACAUGGAAGAGUGGCCUUGUAUUGCCAGCAAAGAUGCUGAGUCUUCUUCCGAAAACACCACCGAUAACAACAGUGCCUCGAACCCUGGCUUGGAGAAGAACGCUCUGCCAGGAAGCACCACUAGUAACAAAGGAAAAGGAAGCCAGUGCCAGUCUGGAAGCGCUGGAAACGAAUGUAAUCUUGGGGCCUGGAAAUCUGAUCCCAAGGCUAAAUCUGUUCAAUCUUCCAACCCUGCUGCCGAGAGUAACAAUGGACUAGGUAAUUGGAGGAACUUGAGUGGACAAGAGAGAAUCGGUUCCGGUUCUGGCUUCAGCAACUUUAACCCAAAUAGCAACCCAUCUGCUUGGCCAGCACUGGUUCAAGAGGGCAGUUCUAGGAAAGGGACUCUGGAAUCUGAUAGUGGUAGCUCCAAUGCACAGAUUAGCACAGUAGGUCAGACCUCUAGGGAACAGCAGUCAAAGAUGGAAAAUGCGGGUGUUAACUUUGUCUCUGGCAGAGAACAGGCUCAAAUUCAUAACACUGAUGGACCAAAAAAUGGAAACACUAACUCCUUGAACUUAAGUUCACCAAACCCUAUGGAUAAUAAGGGAAUGCCCUUUGAAAUGGGCUUGGGGAACCCUUCCAGGAGCACUGACACCCCUUCACAAAGCACUGGAGAAAGAAAGACUGGGAGUGUUGGAUCUUGGGGUACAACUAGGGGUUCUUCUGGAACUGACACAGUCUCUGGACAAAGCAAUUCUGGAAACCAUGGGAACAAUGGAAAGGAUCGAGAGGACUCCUGGAAAGGAGCUUCUGUUCAAAAAUCUAAUGGGUCAAGAAGUGAUUCUUGGGAUAACAAUAACCGGUCUACGGGUGGUGGUGGGUCUUGGAACUUUGGCCCUCAGCAUGCAAAUGAAAGCAAAUGGGGUGAAGGGAACAAAUUAACAUCUGGGGUCUCUCAGGGAGAAUGGAAACAGCUGUCUGGGUCUGAUGAACUGAAGAUUGGAGAAUGGAGUGGUCCAAACCAACCAAAUUCUAGCACUGGAGCAUGGGACAAUCAAAAAGGCCACCCUCUUCCUGAAAACCAAGGCAAUUCCCAGGCUCCCUGUUGGGGAAGAUCUUCCAGCUCUGCAGGAAGUGAGGUUGGAGGUCAAAGCACUGGAAGCAACCACAAAGCAGGAAGUAGUGACAGUCACAAUUCUGGACGCCGAUCAUAUAGGCCUACGCAUCCUGAUUGCCAAGCAGUCUUGCAGACUUUGCUGAGCAGGACUGAUUUGGAUCCCCGAGUGCUUUCAAACACCGGCUGGGGCCAAACUCAAAUAAAGCAAGAUACCGUGUGGGAUAUUGAAGAAAUGCCGCGGCCCGAGGGGAAGUCUGAUAAAGGAACUGAGGGGUGGGAGAGCUCUGCCACACAGACAAAGAACUCAGGGGGCUGGGGCGAUGUACCCAGCCAAAGCAAUCAAAUUAAGUCUGGAUGGGGUGAGCUCUCAACCCCAACAGAAUGGAAGGACCCCAAAAAUACUGGAGGAUGGAAUGACUAUAAGAACUCAAAUUCUUCUAACUGGGGAGGAGGAAGAACAGAAGAAAAAUCAUCUUCCUCUUGGAAUGACAGCUCUAGUAAGGAUCAAGGGUGGGGUGGACGGCAGCCUAAUCAAGGAUGGUCUUCUGGAAAGAACGGUUGGGGAGAGGAAGUUGAACAAACAAAAAACAGCAACUGGGAAAGUGCAGGAAACAAGCCAGUGUCUGGCUGGGGUGAAGGUGGGCAAAAUGAGAUUGGAACUUGGGGUAACGGUGCAAAUACGAGCGCUGCUUCAAAGGGUGGAUGGGAUGAUUGUAAAAGAAAUUCAACGUGGAAUGAGACGGGUCGACAGCCCAACUCCUGGAACAAGCAGCAACAGCAGCACCACCAGCAGCAGCAGGAGUCUUCUGGUUCCUGGGGUCCACCGCCCCAAACUCCAAAUAAUGGGCGACCUCCAAACCCAAACUGGAACAGUGGACCACAGCCAGCUGCCCCCAAAGAGGAGGAGCCUAGUGGCUGGGAAGAACCUUCUCCCCAGUCAAUCAGUCGAAAAAUGGAUAUUGAUGAUGGCACUUCGGCAUGGGGAGAUCCUAGCAGUUACAACUACAAGAAUGUUAACCUGUGGGACAAGAACUCACAAGGAGGACAGGCCACACGGGAGCAGAGCCUGCCUACUCCAAUGACUAGCAAAUCACAAGCAUCAGUCUGGAGCAAAAGCACUCCACCUGCUCCAGAUAACGGUACGUCCGCCUGGGGUGAGCCAAAUGAAACCAGUCCCGGGUGGGGUGAAGUAGAUGAUACAGGAGCAUCGACAACAGGCUGGGGAAAUGCACCUUCCACCGCCCCGAAUGCCAUGAAAUCUAGUUCUAAAUCUAUGCAAGAUGGCUGGGGAGAGAGUGAUGGGCCAGUGACAGGAACACGUCAUUCCAGCUGGGAAGAGGAGGAGGAGGGAGGAGUCUGGAACACAGCAGGCUCUCAGGGAAGCAGUUCCUCCCACAACUCAACAAGCUGGGGGCAAGGAGGAAAGAAAACGCAAAUGAAGUGCUCAUUAAAAGGAGGAAGUAGUGAUUCGUGGAUGAACCCUUUAUCCAAACAGUUUUCAAAUAUGGGCUUGCUAAGUCAAACAGAGGACAUUCCAGGCAGUAAGAUGGACUUGUCUGUAGGUGGUCUCCCAGAUAAGAAGUUUGAGGUAGAUAAACGAGCCAUGAAUCUCGGGGAUUUUAAUGACAUGAUGAGAAAGGAUCGAUCUGGGUUCCGUCCACCUAAUUCCAAAGACAUGGGAACCACAGAUAGUGGGCCUUAUUUUGAGAAGGGUGGCAAUCAUGGUUUGUUUGGAAACAGCACAGCACAAUCGAGGGGCAUGCACACACCAGUGCAGCCACUAAAUCCUUCCCCCAAUAUCCGGGCUCAAGUGCCUCCCCAAUUUCUUUCUCCCCAGGUUUCGGCCUCCAUGCUCAAACAGUUUCCCAACAGUGGCUUGAAUCCUGGUCUUUUCAAUAUGGGCCCCCAGCUUUCUCCACAACAGAUUGCCAUGCUGAGCCAGCUUCCACAGAUUCCUCAGUUUCAAUUAGCCUGUCAGCUCCUCCUUCAGCAGCAGCAGCAACAGCAGCUGUUGCAGAGCCAGAGGAAGUUAUCUCAAGCUGUGCGACAACAACAGGAGCAGCAGAUUGCUCGUAUGGUGAGUGCCCUCCAGCAGCAGCAGCAGAGGCAGCCUGGCAUGAAGCAUUCACCAUCCCACCCUGUCGGGCCUAAGCCACAUUUAGACAGCAUGGUACCCAAUCCUUUGAACGUGGGUCUCUCAGAUUUACAGACCAAAGGGCAAAUACCUGGAUACGGUUCAGGCUUUGGCUCAAGCAGCAUGGAUUAUGGCAUGGUGGGAGGGAAAGAGGCUGGAGCUGAAUCCCGCUUUAAGCAGUGGACUAUGAUGGAAGGGCUGCCCUCUGUGGCUUCACAAGAUGCCAAUAUGCACAAAAAUGGUGCAAUAGUGCCACCUGGAAAGGCUCGCGGAGGGUCACCCUACAACCAGUUUGACAUAAUUCAGGGUGACCCACUAGGUGGCCAUGGAGGUCCUGCUGGUGAUAGUUGGUUACCUGCCAAAUCUCCACCAACGAACAAGAUUGGAAGCAAAUCCAGCAACGCCAGCUGGCCUCCAGAGUUCCAACCAGGAGUGCCAUGGAAAGGUAUUCAAAACAUUGACCCUGAAUCUGACCCCUAUGUGACCCCUGGAAGUGUGCUUGGGGGGACAGCCACAUCUCCCAUUGUAGAUACUGACCACCAACUUCUGCGGGACAACACCACAGGGUCUAAUUCUUCCCUCAACACCUCGCUGCCUUCACCUGGUGCCUGGCCCUACAGUGCCUCUGACAAUUCCUUCACCAACGUUCAUAGCACUUCAGCAAAAUUCAGUGAUUACAAAUCAACAUGGUCCCCAGAUCCCAUAGGACACAAUCCCACUCAUCUCUCCAACAAGAUGUGGAAAAACCAUAUUUCCUCAAGGAACACUACAGGGCUGCCCCGCCCGCCUCCUGGCCUGACCAACCCCAAACCAUCAUCUCCAUGGAACAGCACAGCACCCCGAUCGGUCAGGGGCUGGGGGGCACAGGACUCAAGGCUUGCCUCUGGUGAGAAGAACCAACUGCUAGCACCAUUGAUCAGACCUGAGGAGUGUACGUUUUACAGCACUAAUGGUUUGGAGGAAAGAAAGUUGCAGUUGUCUGCAUCUACUUGGAGUGAUGGUGGCUCCGUUCGUCCUAGCUAUUGGCUGGUUCUUCACAAUCUCACUCCACAGAUCGAUGGGUCAACCUUGAGGACGAUCUGCAUGCAGCAUGGCCCACUGCUGACAUUCCAUCUGAACCUGACCCAGGGCACCGCCCUUAUCCGAUAUAACACCAAACAGGAGGCGGCCAAGGCCCAGACUGCACUGCACAUGUGUGUGUUGGGAAACACUACCAUCCUUGCUGAGUUUGCCACAGAUGAAGAGGUUAGUCGCUUUCUGGCACAAGCUCAGCCCCCCACACCUACAGCAACCCCCAGUGCACCUACAGCAGGCUGGCAAUCCCUGGAGACAGGACAGAACCAAACAGAUCCAGUUGGACCUGCUUUGAAUCUCUUUGGUGGGUCAACAGGGCUUGGGCAGUGGAGCAGUGGUGGCAGCGGUGGCGGCAGUGGGAGUGAUCUCCCUGGCACUUCGUUGUGGGGGCCCCCAAGCUAUUCUUCAAGCUUGUGGGGGGUCCCAAGCGUAGAAGAUCCACACAGAAUGGGCAGCCCUGCUCCCUUACUACCUGGAGACCUUCUGGGAGGAGGGUCGGAUUCAAUCUGAACUUCGAACUUUCAACUCUGACCUCGUGACCUUUUUUGGAACAGCAGCAGCACUAACUUGACCUUUUCGUUUUUUUCAACUUGCAAUAAAUACAUUUAUAAAAGGAAAAAAGAAAACGGAGAGAGAAAAAAAAAAAGGUGGGUCAUUGAUAGACUGUCUGAGCACAUAGUUGCCUCCCUUAUCAGUUUUUUCGUUUGGAAUAUGAAUCCAAAAAGAGAACAUAUCACUCUUGAAAUACUUGAAUCAUGAACGCCAACUUAGAAAGACAAUGUGAAGCAAGUACACAUACCAUUUAAAUUUAAACACAAAAAAUUAAAAAAAUUAGUUUCUAGUUUUUCACUUUUUCAUGUUAUACGGAAGUUGUUGCUAAGAAACAUAUAUACUGAAAAAAUAGCUUUUUAACUUUGUUUGCACUGGGUGUGUUUCCGUCCUUAGGUCUACCAUGUUGGG